AUGGAUUUACGUCCGGAAGAGGUUGAUGGUUUAUCUUUAGAAGAGGCUGCUGUCUGGUUGGAUGCCAAACAAAUAUCAUAUGAACUUUUAGAGUCGCAUGAAGAAAUGUUACAUCUUAUAAAGGCAAAAUUAGCAAACGCUGAAACCCCAUAUGCCAAACAGCACAUACACACUGAAAAGCAGAUGUCAAAUGUUAUUAGAGAAGGUAGUACUAUGAAGAAUGAAUUGCAUAAAAUAUAUAAGGACCUCCAAACAUUUGUUAAAGACGGCUUAGGAGACGAAUUAAGAGCACAUAUCAACACGAUAUACACUGAUAUUGAUGAUCGUCUGGUGAAAAACAUUGAUGAUCUAAUUCAGUCAGAGAAUGUCAUUAUUGUUGCAGGUGAAACAGGCGCAGGAAAGAGCAGUUUUCUUAAUUUGCUGAUUGGAGCUGAUAUAUUGCCAUGUUCCGUUCUGUCUAACACUUCAACAAUUUGUAAAAUUCACAAUGAUAGUUCUAAAAAAUUUAAAGUGGUUGAUGAAAAUGGUGAAAGUGAAUCAUUUUAUAUAAAUGGUGAAGGAUCGGAUGCAGAAACGAAGAUUUUGAAGGAGCUUUCUCCAUUCGUAGGUCGAUCAAACUAUGGACCAAUGAACAUAAUCAAGCAUGUUGACAUAUAUUGGCCAUUUAAUUCAAUAAAAGAAAAUAUGACUAUUGUUGACUCACCUGGUGUUGGAGAAUGCGACGCAAUGACAGAGAAGUUGGUAAAAUACCUCCCGAAAGCAGUUGCUUUUAUAUAUAUUCUAAAUAGUGCAAAUGCUGGAGGGGUCCAGGAAGACACAAUUUUAAAAAUAAUACAUGAACAACAGAAGCUUGAAAAAGAAUCUAAACUUUCUGGUUUUGAUCCAAAACAUAUGAUGUUUGUAUGCAAUAAAUGGGAUGUUGUGAUAAAGCGUGGAGAAACUGAACGAACGUGGCAGGACACAGUACGAAAACUUAAGAUGAUCAUUCCUGAACUAUCUGUGGAUCAAAUAUUUAAAAUGAGUGUCACAGAGGCUGCCAAAUACAAAAAGAGUUCGAUAGGAAACACAGAAAUGUAUCAUGUUUUACUUCAAGGACUGCAAUCUUUUCUCGAAAAAAACGUGGAUGCCAACAUAAAAAGACAUUACAGGUGGAUAAACACCCUGCUGACAAGGAUUGAAAAAUAUUUGGUAUCAAGGAUAAAUAUUGCCAACAUUUCUUCAGAAGAAAGAAACAGAAUUUUAAAGCCGUUGCUGGAAAGGCUUGAACUACGUUCGAAGACUUCAGAAGCGGUACGAAACGGCCUUAUUGCAGCAGCCGUUGACGAAUGUACUGCUGUGUCAAAACAACUGAAAGAACAUCUUAAAAAGGACGACGUUAUUUCUUUCCUUGACACCUGGACAGAAGAGGAGUCACCAAACGUUUCUGUCAACGAUAUCACUGUUAUAAAGUAUGAAGCCAAAAGUAUGAUAGUAAAAAGAUUACUUCAUGUUCUCCACACGUGGGAGUGUGAAUCACGCAUUGUGGAAAACGCCACUAAAAAGUUAACUGGUUUGUUUAACAGGGAACUCGCAGAUAUGUCAAAGGAAUUUAAAGAAGUAAACGAAAUUCUGACUUGCUAUGCUCUAGCUGGUAUUAGCGGACUUGAUCUUGAGAAACUUUCCGAAUGGACACAUAUGAUACUCGAUGAGUUGCACAAAAAGGACAGAAUAUCUGAACUGAUUCAAGAUUUGUACCUGAAAAAAUUGAUUAUGCAAAUUGACUGGUGGUUUUAUUAUGUCAUUCCAAAACAAGUUGUUGCUGAUUUAAAUCAGGUUACAACAAUUUUGACCGAUCAAAAAACUGCGGUGGAAAUUAUUCAGCAAUUUCAUCCAGUAAAAGUAAAAGUGAAAGAUAUUUCCAAACUCUUGAAAUUAUUCGAUUUGAAAUAUUUAGCUGAUGAUGUUAUUGCUAUAUCAAAGAUUUUAAAGCACAGUCAAAUCGGAGGAGGGAGUUUUUCGGAUGUACAUCGUGCAACAUGGAAACAGAGUGAGCAAAAUGAGAAAGAAGUUGCGUUGAAAGUUCUUAAAGGUCCUGACAUGUACUUGCAUCUUUGUGAGAUUGAUUGUUCCAGGAAGCUGAAGCACAACAAUAUAGUUGCUUUUUUCGGCGUCAUCUUUGCUGAGCGUGAACGAUGCGACGGAAAUAAAAUUGGCUUACCUUUAUUUGAUGAUCGAUUAAUGCUCGUGCAGGAGUUGUGUGAACAGAGUUUGGAGUCGUUAGUGUUUGAAACUAAGGAAAAACAAUGCGGGUCAUUCUCAAGCGAAUUGCGUCCGAGGGAAACUCAUGAUUUUUUCUUCAACAUGAGCGCAUCGAUAUGUGAUGGUCUAUGUUAUAUGCAUAGUAUGGGUUACCUGCACAGAGACUUAAAACUAUCAAAUGUUUUGGUAUGA